GAAAAUGUUUGUUACUUUUAUGAAAAUACCAGUGUGAUGACAAAAUGGUUGAUUGUUUCGUUGUUCAGAAAAGAAGAGAAGAAUGUGAACGUAAGGCGAGGCGAGGGGAGAUGGACCCUCGAUUGGAGUUUACAUUUCAACUCCUAAUCGACGGUACCGGACUUCCUCGCCAUGCCAUAAUGGAUCACGUUUUCGAGGGGAACAUGCUUGAUGACAUCAAUCAGCUUUUUUUGCCUCACAUGAGGAAUAAAUUGCUGUGGUAUUAUCAAGAUGUAGAGGAAGUGGAACAACGACCUGUAGUUGAAGGUGCGAAGUCAAGGCAGCAAGUUCAAGGAAAACAGCCACCUCCUCAAAUUACUCUUAAAAGGAAAUUAUUUCUAUCUGAUGGUUGGGAUGUCAAGUUUACAGGAGUUUGUAUUUAUAUGUUUCGUAUAAAUGUUAGCAAACAAUUACCCGAGGAAGGAUUUCAUAAAGAUUUAUUUUGCGGAAUCCUAAACGCAGAUAAAGUAGGCUUGGUGACCGCUAUUGAACGUGUAAUGGAAUACGUGUAUAUGAAUGCAUUAGCGCACCCCAGCAGCGAUGGAGAUGAAGACGAGACUCGUUUUCCUAUUGUCAAGAAUCAACUCCUGCCGGGCCUAAGAUCUUUUUGUAGCGCUUUAAAAGUUUGUGAAGAAGUUUGCAACCAAGUUAACCUGUUUGAUGAUGGACAAGCUUUAAUGGCUAACUUAAACGACCACAACGAGCUAAAAGAAAUGAUAAAAAAUCCCACAACAAUCGCUACUUUAGAAGAAAGGGUUAAUGAGUGGAUAAAAAAAAUUAUGGAGAUACUAAGCGAAAGUGAACAGCUAAGGCGAGAGGUGGACUCCAGCGGGCCUCAAGAUGAACUUGAAUAUUGGAAGAAGAGAGGAGCACAAUUCUCACAACUUGUGUCUUAUUUACAGAACAAUGAAGUUCAACUAACUUUAACAAGUCUUCAACUGGCUAAUUCGAAAGUAAUAAAAAUUUGGCGUGACACGGAUCACAAAAUAACCUUCUGUUACAAUGAAGCCAAAGAUAACGCCAAAUUCAUUCAAGCCAUGGAGAAAUGCUGUCAUUCUCUGUAUCUGGACGAUCCCGUUAAAAUCAAAGAUUCCAUAUUGAGCUUACUACAAACGGUCAGAUUGAUUCACAGUGUUUCACAAUUCUAUAAUACGUCCGAACGAAUAUCGUCACUGAUGGUGAAGAUAACCAACCAAAUGAUUGAGACUUGCAAGCAAUACAUAACAUGCCGUUUUAAAGAAACUAUUUGGUCUCAAGAGAGGGAUCAGGUCAGAGAGAAGUUGAUCCAUUGCAUAAAUCUCAACAAAACCUACAGAGAAACUUACACAUUUGUAAAGAAUCAACCAUUUUUACCGAACACGGAACAAUUUAGUUUUUCCGAAAAUUAUGUCUUUGGUAAAUUCGAUACGUUUUGCAAGAGACUCAAUAAGAUUAUUUGUAUGUUCGAUUUAAUGGAUGACUACAACCAUUUGUUUGAGAAGAGAAUGGAGGGUCUACUUUUGGGUGAAGAUCUUGAAGAGGCAAUGCACGCUUUUAACGAGGCUAAAAAAGCGGUAACAUCAUGCCAGUAUGAUUAUCUCGACUACCGGAACAACGAGUUUGACAAAGACUAUCAAGCCUUUGAAGAGAAAACAAAUACUCUUCGGGAAUCUAUUGGUAACACUAUCGAAGUUAAUUUUGCUAGUGUCUGGGAGACGCCGCAAGGAAUUAAGUUCCUCACUAGAUUUGAGAAGGUUAGCCAAAAAAUUCAAAUAACGAAACUCAACGAGAAAUACGAUAGAGUGUUAAAAUAUAGCGAGAAAGAAGUUGACAAAAUAAUGAAAAUGUUUAAAAAGCAAAAAGACGAUCCGCCUUUACCAAGAAACUACUCUCCUGUAGCUGGUCGUAUAAAGUGGGCGCGCUGCUUGAUGUAUAACAUGACGGAGACGGUGGAGAGCGUAUGCGCGCACCCUGUACUUCGCGCGCUGCCCACUGCCGCGGACAUGAUGCGCAAAUACACCGCCACGCGCACGCUUAUUCACAACUACGAGGAGACGAUGCGCGCUGUCUGGAUGAACCAAAAUUUGUGGGACGUCGACGACAGUCUCAAUAAUACUUUGUUGAAGAUAGACGAUUCCGGUCGUAUUACUGUCAACUUGGAUCACACUAUCAAAUUAUUGAUAAGAGAAUCGGAUUGCCUCAUCAAAAUGGGUCUGGAACUGCCAAUUGUGUGUCAUUCUUUAUAUGCGAAGAAAAAUUAUUUCACGCUUGUAAACGAUUCCUUACAAUUCCUUCUUGAAGACUAUCUUCGGACAGUUCGGCAAGUUAAGCUAGAAGUUCGCCCGCUCCUCCUGCCUCAAGUCGUUCGUCUGUCAUCUCUACUACUGCCUGGUCUUCGUACUGUGUUUUGGACAAGUGAAGAUUGGAAAGCGUUCAUUGACCGCGCUAAUGCAGCUAUUAAUAGUUUCGACGUUCUCGUAACGAGAGUGCACGAUAUUUACACGAAUAGAAUUAUUUACAUGCUGUCUGGGAUGCAAGAAGUUACUUUGAUCUCUUUACCGGAAGAAACCCCGUGGUCAGUGGAAGAGUUUAUCGAGCAGGUCGAGAGUGGUUGUCGAAAUGCAUGCGUCGAACUCAAUAGAAAAAGCCUUAUGGUUGAAGAGGCUGUAGAAGAGGUCCUGGAUUUAGUCAAAAAAGCCGCACAACAAGUGAAACCGACUGAGAUCAACCCGGAUUUCGAGUUUCUUAUUGCCGAUGACGAUACACAGUCGGCCAGCGGAGCUGCCUCUACCAUGAACGAGUCAACUGCUAGUGGUCAGCAGGACUGGUCUGCAGUAUGGGAAUGCUUUGAGAGCCCUCACCGUUUACUUUCUAUACCAGCUGGAGGCUUGUCGAAGAGCAUGCAGGAAAUGGUGAAGAACGCAGUGAUUGAGAUGCGCCGCUACUAUAGUCGCAAGGUGGUCGACGUCCUUAUCAAAGUCACCAGGCGCGCUUUGGACCUCGUUAUCAAGCACUUCUCACAGGACGUCGAGCUCAAAGGGAGUUAUUCGAAACGGCCAAUGUUCCUAUUGCAAGCUACGCUUUUGAUACCGAAUGUAUCUGUGAAUCCUACACUGGAGGAUAUACAAGAGGUUCUAGUUCUUGCCGGUAAACAUAUAUCGGGAUUGUCUAAAGGAGUCGCUCAAUGGACUGGUGGGAAAAUACAAAAGGUAGGUUGGAAGAAGCUAGCCGGACACCAAACAAACCAACUUUUUGAAGUAGUCACCAAGCUUGACGGGCAGGUUCAGUCUAUGGCGGUACCGAUGAAUAUGGCACAGAAAUCGAUGAAAAUGGUUGAAGCUGCGAAAAUGAGAAAAAAAAAGUAUUACCGGUUAGAAUCUGAAGAGAAGCCAGUUUUUCCGUUUCAACAGAAAAAUUUCUACAACCACAUAAUGGAGAACAAGGAAAUAAUUAAAACUCUUACAUUGCUGUCUAUGUGUACACAGCACGUUAAAACGGAAGUUAACGCAUUGGUCAAACGUUGGCGUCCUUAUCACUAUUUGUGGAAAUGCGAAAAAACUCUACGACAAUUGUUGGUUUGGAAUCUUAAUGAUUUUGAACUUGCUCUAAAAAGACACAGUGAGCUAGAAGCUAAAUUGGCCACUGAACCCGAUGUAUUAAUAAUAGGAAACUGUCUUGCAGUAUCAACUGAGAAACUUAAAUUAGGAUUAAACACAGAACUCAAAAACGGAACCUACAGAAUAAGUCAAGCGAUGCGAAAAAAAUAUAAACGCGAGAUGGAUUACGUUUACGCGAUUAUGAACGACUUAGAACGAAAACUCGAAAGACCUAUUCGUGAUUUAGACGACGUGAGAACUGUUAUGGAAACACUAAAGAAGAUAAGAGAACAAGAAGUCGACAUGGAAUUAAAAAUAGACCCAGUUGAAGAAGCGUUUAACGUCAUAACACGAUAUGAACUGCCAGUCAGCAAAGAAGACAUGGAACAAGUGGAUAAUCUUCGCUACAGCUGGCAGCAGUUACAAGCCACCGCACUGGCGUCUCACGUGCAAUUGCUGAAAAUGCAGCCACAGUUUGAAGAUGACUUGAAAAAUAACUUGGAUAAAUUCAGAGAAGACAAUGCAGACUACUGCCAUGAAUAUCGAUAUGCAGGACCCAUGCAGCCUGGAUUGAGCCCACGAGAAGCUUCCGACCGCUUGAUCUUGUUUCAGAAUCGUUUUGAUGGAAUGUGGCGCAAACUACAAACAUACCAAAAUGGAGAGGAAUUAUUCGGUCUACCACACACUGAGUAUCCUGAAUUGGCUCAGAUAAGGAAAGAGUUAAAUCUCUUACAAAAACUUUACAAACUAUAUAACGAUGUGAUAGACAGAGUCAGUAGUUAUUAUGAUAUACCCUGGGGUGAAGUUAACAUAGAAGAAAUCAACAAUGAACUGAUGGAGUUUCAGAAUAGAUGCAGAAAACUACCAAAGGGGUUAAAGGAAUGGCCAGCUUUCUAUGCAUUAAAAAAAACAAUCGACGACUUUAACGACAUGUGUCCCCUUCUUGAAUUAAUGGCGAACAGAGCUAUGAAACCACGACACUGGCAACGUAUUAUGGAAGUGACUAAAUACAUUUUUGAGCUCGAAAAUGAAGAUUUCUGCUUAAAAAAUAUUUUAGAAGCACCUCUAUUACAGCACAAAGAAGACAUUGAGGAUAUAUGUAUAUCAGCAAUGAAAGAAAAGGAUAUAGAAGCGAAACUUCGGCAAGUGACUAACGAAUGGUCGGUUCAUGAACUGACAUUUCAAACGUUUAAUAAUCGAGGUGAAUUGCUUCUCAGAGGCGACACAACUGCAGAAACUAUCGGCCAACUCGAAGACAGUUUAAUGAUACUUGGAUCAUUGUUAUCUAACCGUUACAACGCACCAUUUAGAAAACAAAUACAACAAUGGUUAUAUGAUCUUCAAAGCACAAAUGAAAUUUUGGAGCGUUGGCUGCUCGUUCAGAAUAUGUGGGUAUAUCUUGAAGCCGUAUUUGUAGGUGGCGAUAUCGCUAAGCAGCUGCCAAAAGAAGCUAAGAGAUUUUCAAAAAUAGAUAAGUCUUGGCAGAAAAUUAUGCAAAGGGCUCACGAAACUCCUGGUGUUGUUUCAUGCUGUGUUGGAGAUGAUCUUCUUAGACAGCUUCUUCCACAUCUUCAAGAACAGCUAGAACUAUGUCAAAAAAGUUUAAGUGGCUAUCUAGAAAAGAAAAGGACAAUGUUUCCUCGAUUUUUUUUCGUGUCUGAUCCAGCCCUGUUGGAAAUUUUAGGACAAGCUUCAGAUUCUCACACAAUACAGAAUCAUCUACUGUCAAUUUUCGAUAAUAUACGAUAUGUAAAAUUUCAUGAUAUAGAAUAUAAUAAAAUGAUAGCUAUAGUAUCAUCUGAAGGAGAAGAAAUAAAACUAGAACGCCCAGUCCGCGCCGAGGGUUCAGUAGAAACAUGGCUAACGUCCUUAUUGCAAUCAGCUCAGAGUAGUUUGCAUUCCAUCAUACGUAAUGCUGUUUCCGUAAUCAAUGACCCAGGGUUUAAUCUUCUUCUUUUCCUAGAUAAAAUGCCCGCACAGAUUGGUCUGUUGGGAAUUCAAAUUAUCUGGACGAGAGAUGCAGAACUAGCUCUAAUGCAAGCUCGUCAAGAUAAAAAAAUAAUGAUUGAAACAAACAACAAAUUUUUAGAGCUUCUGAAUACUCUUAUAGAUCAAACAACGAGAGAUUUAAUUAAAAUCGAACGCACUAAGUUUGAAACAUUAAUCACUAUUCAUGUACAUCAAAGAGACAUAUUUGACAUGCUGUGCCGACUAAACGUACGCUCGGCUAACGACUUUGAGUGGUUAAAACAAUGCCGAUUUUACUUCAAAGAAGACGCCGACAAAACAUGGAUAUCUGUCACUGAUGUAACAUUCACAUAUCAAAAUGAAUAUUUGGGAUGUACAGAAAGGCUUGUUAUUACACCUUUAACAGAUCGAUGUUAUAUAACCCUGGCCCAAGCACUGGCAAUGAGUAUGGGCGGUGCUCCCUGCGGUCCUGCGGGUACAGGCAAGACAGAAACAGUUAAGGAUAUGGGCAAGACCCUCGCCAAAUACGUUGUUGUAUUCAAUUGUUCUGAUCAAAUGGACUACAGAGGCCUUGGUCGGAUCUACAAAGGCCUAGCUCAGUCUGGUUCAUGGGGUUGCUUUGAUGAGUUUAAUCGUAUAGAGCUUCCAGUCCUCUCAGUAGCUGCGCAACAGGUCGCGGUGGUCCUCGCAGCCAAAAAGGAAAAAAAGAAAACAUUCCUCUUCACUGACGGAGACAUGUCAGAUAUGUGCCCUGAGUUUGGAAUAUUUAUUACCAUGAAUCCAGGUUAUGCAGGUCGCAAGGAACUGCCAGAAAAUUUAAAGAUUCAAUUUCGCACGGUAGCCAUGAUGGUACCAGACCGCCAAAUCAUUAUACGAGUUAAAUUAGCGUCAUGUGGCUUCUUAGAAAAUAUAACUCUAGCUCGAAAAUUUUAUACGUUGUAUAAAUUAUGCGAAGAACAACUUACAAAACAAGUUCAUUAUGAUUUUGGCUUGAGAAAUAUUCUCUCUGUUUUGCGAACACUUGGGGCUGUAAAACGAGUUAACACGAAAGAAACUGAAAGCACGAUUGUAAUGAGGGUGUUAAGAGACAUGAAUUUAUCAAAGCUCAUAGAUGAAGAUGAACCACUUUUUAUUUCACUUGUUGCGGAUUUGUUCCCUAACCAAGCUUUGGAAAAAACAGCAUAUACAGAACUUGAAGAUGCAAUUAGAAAACAAGUCGAUUUGAAUGGACUGAUUUACCACCCGCCUUGGGUAUUAAAGAUAAUACAGUUAUAUGAAACACAGCGCGUUCGCCAUGGUAUUAUGACACUCGGACCUCCAGGAGCCGGAAAAACUACUUGUAUUCAUACUUUGAUGGACGCAUUAUCAGACAUAGAAGAUCCACACAGGGAAAUGCGUAUGAACCCUAAAGCAAUUACGGCGGCUCAAAUGUUUGGCCGCCUAGACGUGGCCACAAAUGACUGGACAGACGGUAUAUUUUCCGCUUUGUGGAGAAAAACUCUUAAAAUAAAAACAGGGGAACACAUCUGGCUAGUUCUGGAUGGUCCAGUAGACAGUAUAUGGAUAGAAAAUUUAAACUCUGUAUUAGACGAUAACAAAACUUUAACAUUAGCCAAUGGAGAUCGAUUAACGAUGUCACCUACUUCAAAAAUUAUUUUCGAGCCUGAAAAUAUUGAUAAUGCUUCGCCUGCUACAGUUUCGCGCAAUGGAAUGGUCUAUAUGAGCUCGUCAGGAUUAAACUGGGAACCAGUUCUCAACGCGUGGCUGAAGACACGGUCUCCGAGGGAAAUUGAAGUAUUUAGUUCCUUUUUUGAACAAACAUUUUCGAAUACAUAUACGUGGUGUACUCAAAAUUUGAUAUUUAGCAUGCGCGUACUUCAAAGUAACAUUAUCUAUCAAAUGCUAAAUUUACUUGAAGGCUUAGUGCCACCACAAGUAACAGAAGCUGAAGAUGCCUCUGCUAGCAAAUCAGUCAAUGGUGACAUAGAUGACGAAGAUGAAAAAGAAAAAGUAGAAGAAGUGAUUUUAUUUACACAUGAGCAUUUGCACAAAAUCUAUGUUUUUUCACUUAUUUGGGGGUUUGGCUCUCUUUUAGAAGCCGGAGAUCGAUUUAGAUUUGAUAAAUUCAUAAAAAAUACAUUCAAUGAUAUUCUCGAUUUACCCAAACAUCCCAAUAAUAAAGCAAGUAUACUUUUUGAUUUUUAUGUCAAGCAUCCAGGAAAGUGGGAAUUGUGGGAAGAUUUAAUGACAAACUACAUUUAUCCAGACACAGCGACUCCUGAUUAUUCAAAUAUUUUAAUACCAAUAGUCGAUAACGUUCGUAUAAAUUAUCUUAUUUAUUGUAUUGCAAAGCAAGGUAAAGCAGUACUUUUAUUGGGAGAACAAGGUUCCGCUAAAACCGUUAUGAUGAAAGCAUAUAUGAAAAAUGCUAAUCCGGAGCAGUUCAUGGGAAGAUCAUUUAAUUUUUCGUCAGCUACUAGUCCUUUUCAGUUUCAAAAGACAAUUGAAAGUUAUGUAGAAAAACGUAGUGGAAUGACGUUUGGUCCUCCUGGUGGAAAAAAAAUGCUUGUUUUUAUUGAUGACAUAAAUUUACCGCAAAUCAACGAAUGGGGCGAUCAAAUAACAAAUGAAAUAGUAAGACAAACUAUGAGUAUGGGUGGAUUUUAUAGCUUAGAAAAACCUGGCGAUUUUACAACAAUUGUUGAUAUUCAAUUCUUAGGAGCUAUGGGACAACCAGGUGGAGGUAGAAAUGAUAUCCCCGCUAGGUUAAAACGACAAUUUGCUAUAUUUAAUUGCCCGUUGCCUAAUAAUGAUUCGAUUGAUAAAAUUUUUAAAGUUAUUGGUGAAGGACAUUACAAUGCUAAAAGAGGUUUUACAAUCGAAGUAAGAUCGCUUAUAAAAAAAAUAAUUCCUUUAACAAGAGAACUUUGGAUGAAAACAAGAACGAAUUUGCUACCCACUCCUGCAAAAUUUCACUAUGUUUUUUCUUUGAGAGACUUAUCCCGAGUGUGGCAAGGCAUGAUAGGUACUUUGCCUACUGUGAUUGAAUCAGAAAAAUGUUUAAUGCUUCUUUGGAAACAUGAAUGCUCAAGAGUGUUUUCCGAUCGUUUCACGCAUCAAUCUGAUAAAGAUUGGUUCAAUAAUGCUUUAAACAAUAUUACAGAAGAAUUAUUAGGAUCUGACUACAAAAAAAUGAUGGAAAAAGAUCCUGUCUUUGUAGACUUUAUGAGAGAUGCGCCAGAACCAACAGGCGAAGAAGGUGAGGAUGCAGAUAUGGAACUCCCAAAAGUCUAUGAACCUGUGUUUGAUCAUGCCGAACUACGGGAUCGCUUAGAAAUGUUUCUAUCUCAAUUCAAUGAAAUGGUUCGUGGAUCAGGAAUGGAUUUGGUAUUCUUUCCCGACGCCAUGUUACAUUUAGUCAAAAUAUCUAGAGUAAUAAGGCAUCCUCGAGGAAAUGUAAUGCUAGUUGGUGUUGGUGGAUCAGGCAAACAGUCAUUAACGAAAUUAUCAACAUUUAUCGCAGGUUAUCGCUCUUUUCAAAUAGCCUUGACCAGAUCUUACAACGUUGGUAAUUUUUUGGAAGACUUAAAACUGCUUUACAGAUCAUGUGGUGUGCAGGGAAAAGGCACCACAUUUAUUUUUACCGAUCUAGAUAUUAAAGAAGAAGGUUUCCUUGAAUACCUUAAUAAUAUUUUAUCAUCAGGAGUUAUAUCAAAUUUAUUUACAAAAGACGAACAACAAGAAAUAAUUUCCGAAUUAACGCCAGUCAUGAAACGUGAAAAUCAAAAACGAACUUUAACUAACGAGUUAGUAAUGGAAUAUUUUUUAAACAGGACUUGCCAAAAUCUACACGUGGUUUUAUGUUUUUCGCCUGUGAGUGAGGCGUUUCGGUAUCGGGCGUUACGUUUUCCAGCUCUUAUAUCUGGGUGUACAAUUGACUGGUUUCAACCGUGGCCAAAAGAUGCACUUGUAUCGGUAGCUGAUCAUUUCUUAACUGAUUUUGAAAUCGAAUGCACUAAAGAGGUAAAAAAGGAACUCGUCACAGUCUUGGGAACAAUACAAGAUGUCGUUUCUAACGUAUCUACCGAAUACUUUCAAAGAUUUCGACGUUCUUCUCACGUUACUCCUAAAUCAUAUCUCAGUUUUAUAGGUGGUUAUAAAACUAUAUAUCAGAUGAAACAAAAGGAAUUGGGAGAUGGGGCUCAAAGAAUGGAUACUGGUUUAGAAAAGUUACGUGAAGCGUCAAUAUCAGUCGAAGUUUUAAAGAAAGAUUUAGCUGUGAUGGAGCAAGAUUUAGCUUUGGCUUCAGAAAAAGCUGAUCGUGUACUCUCAGAAGUAACUGAUCGAGCAAUGCAAGCAGAAAUAGUAAAAAAUCAAGUGCAAAUUGUCAAAGAAAAAGCAGAAGCUUUAGUAGCUUAUAUAGCAGAAGAAAAAGAAAAAGCUGAAAGAAAAUUAGAAGCUGCUAAGCCUGCCUUAGAGGAAGCAGAAGCAGCUCUUAAUACGAUCAAGCCUGCACAUAUAGCAACCGUAAGAAAAUUAGGUCGACCACCACACCUCAUUAUGAGGAUCAUGGAUUGUGUUUUAAUACUAUUCCAAAGAAGGUUACAUCCUUUAAUAUCUGAUACUGCUGCACCAUGUCCGAAGCCUUCUUGGGCAGAAUCAUUAAAGAUGAUGGCCAGUACAACAUUUUUACUUCAACUUCAAAAUUAUCCAAAAGAUAUUAUUAAUAAUGAAAUGGUUGAACAUCUUUUACCAUAUUUUGAAAUGGAAGAUUAUAAUAUGGACACUGCCAAGCGUGUGUGUGGAGAUGUAGCGGGAUUAUUGUCCUGGACAAAAGCUAUGGCGUUUUUCCAUAGCGUCAACAAAGAAGUUUUACCCCUAAAAGCAAGCUUAAUGUUACAAGAAGCUAGACUAAAGGUUGCAAUGGAAGAUCUAGCAUCAGCAGAACGUCAAUUGGAAGAACGCGAAAUGUCAUUACGGAAAGUGAAGGAACAGUAUGAAGCGGCUGUUUCUGAGAAGCAACAAUUAACAGAUGCCGCUAAUAUCUGUCUGAGAAAAAUGACAGCAGCAACUCAACUUAUUAAUGGAUUAGGUGGCGAAAAAAUUAGGUGGACCCAACAAAGUAAAGAUUUUAAAGAGCAACUCGGUAGAUUAGUUGGAGAUGUUGUAUUAGCUACCGGUUUCUUAUCUUAUUGUGGUCCUUAUAAUCAAGAAUUUCGUAAUAGUCUUUUUAAUACGUGGAUGGAAAUAUUAAAAAGCAAACAAAUUCCUGUAACAGAUAAUUUAAACAUAACAAACAUGUUAGUUGAAAGUGCUACGAUAUCCGAAUGGACCCUACAAGGGCUUCCAAACGAUGAGCUAUCUGUUCAAAAUGCUUUAAUUGUGACUAAAUCAAGCUCGUAUCCUUUAUUAGUAGAUCCACAAAGUCAAGGGAAAAACUGGAUUAAAAAUAAAGAAUCUUCAAAUGAAUUACAAAUUACUUCGUUAAACCACAAAUAUUUUCGAACUCACUUAGAAGAUAGCUUAUCUUUGGGAAGACCACUAUUAAUAGAGGAUGUAGGCGUUGAGUUAGAUCCCGUAAUAGACAAUGUUUUGGAGAAAAACUUUAUUAAAUCUGGAUCAAUAGAAAAGGUUAUUGUGGGCGAUAAAGAAUGUGAUGUAAUGCCAGGAUUUAUGCUCUAUAUAACUACUAAAUUACCUAACCCAGCUUAUUCACCCGAAAUAAGCGCAAAAACAUCUAUUAUUGACUUUACAGUUACUAUGCAAGGUCUCGAAGAUCAGUUACUAGGAAGAGUUAUAUUAAUGGAAAAAUCAGACUUAGAAGAAGAGAGGGUGGCUUUAUUUGAAUCGGUUAUGAAAAACCAAAGAAGUAUGAAAGAACUUGAAAGUAAUUUACUUUGUCGAUUAACAUCUUCUGAAGGUUCCUUAGUUGAUGACGAAGCUUUAAUUCAAGUAUUACAAAUAACAAAAUCAACAGCUGAGGAAGUCAAUGAAAAAUUAAAAGUGGCCGAAGUAACGGAAAGAAAAAUAAUUAAAGCAAGAGAAGAAUUUAGAGCCGUAGCCGCAAGAGGUUCUAUAUUAUACUUUUUAAUUGUUGAGAUGAGUAAUGUAAACAUCAUGUAUCAGAAUUCUUUAAAACAGUUUCUUACCAUAUUUGAUAACUCUAUAACAAAGUCUGCAAAAAGUAACAUUACAGAGGAACGUAUUAAUAUCAUUCUAAAAUAUUUAACACACGAAGUGUGGGCAUUUACUUUACGAAGCUUAUAUGAAAGGCACAAGUCACUAUUCACUCUUAUGUUAGCUAUGAAAAUAGAUUGCCAACGAGGGCUUAUUUCACAUGAUGAGUUCAUGGCUUUCGUUAAAGGAGGCGCAUCACUAGAUUUAAAUGCGGUAACUCCUAAGCCUUUCAGAUGGAUUCUAGAUAUUACUUGGCUGAAUUUAGUUGAAAUAAGCAAAAUAAAGUUCUUUUCUGAAGUUCUAAGCAAGAUUUCAAGCAAUGAAAAAGAGUGGAGAGUUUGGUAUGAAAAAGCGAAGCCAGAAGAAGAAACCAUACCUAGUGGAUUUCAAGAAAGUCUUGAUGUUUUUCGCAAGCUUCUUUUAAUCAGAUCAUGGAGUCCGGACCGAACACUUUCACAGGCUAGAAAGUAUAUAGUUGAUUCAUUGGGCGCUGAAUAUGGAGAAGGACGUAUUCUUAACUUGGAAUCCACCUGGGAAGAGUCUGAACCACGUACUCCUUUGAUUUGCAUUCUUUCGAUUGGCUCAGAUCCAUCAGCGCAGAUUGCUUCAUUGGCGAAAUCAAAAGAAAUAGUGUUAAAAGCUGUUUCUAUGGGACAAGGUCAAGAAAUCGUUGCUCGAAAAAUGAUAUCUGAUUCAAUGAACGAAGGAGGCUGGGUUUUACUACAAAAUAUUCAUCUUUCACUACCAUUUUGUGUAGAGGCUAUGGAUGCACUCAUAGAAACAGAGCAUAUACAGGAAUCAUUUCGCUUAUGGUUAACGACUGAAGUGCAUACUGAUUUUCCUAUUGGACUUUUACAAAUGGCUAUUAAAUUUACAAAUGAACCUCCUCAAGGUAUACGAGCUAGUAUGAAAAGAACUUACCAGAAUAUUACACAAGACACGUUAGAUUACUCAUCGUUAUCACAAUGGCCUCCACUGCUGUAUGCUGUGGCAUUUUUACAUACUAUUGUUCAAGAAAGGAGAAAAUUUGGACCCUUGGGAUGGAACAUACCAUACGAAUUCAAUCAAGCAGAUUAUGCAGCAAGUGUGCAAUUCAUACAAAAUCAUCUUGAUGAAAUCGAUCCCAAAAAAGGUAUAUCUUGGCCAACUAUAUGUUAUAUGCUCGGAGAGGUGCAAUAUGGUGGUCGGGUGACAGAUGAUUUUGAUAAACGCUUGUUAACAACAUUUACUAAUGUUUGGUUUUGUGAUGUCUUACUGAGACCUGGUUUUGAAUUUUAUAAAGGAUAUAAAGUUCCACAAACAAGAAACCUGCAAGGUUAUGUCGACUAUAUUAAUCAGUUACCGCUAACAGACACACCGGAAGUAUUUGGCCUGCACGGUAAUGCAGAUAUAACAUAUCAAAUAAAUAGUGCGAAGGACAUUUUAGACACUAUUUUAAGUGUACAACCAAAAGAGGGUGGUAGUCAAGGUGGUGAAACGAGAGAAAGUAUAGUUUAUCGUUUGGCUGAGGAUAUGUUAGAAAAAUUACCAAAACAAUACAUUAGCUUUGAAGUUAGAGAUGCACUUCAUAAAAUGGGCGCUUUUCUUCCUAUGAAUAUCUUCUUGAGACAAGAAAUCGAUCGUAUACAACGGGUUAUUAAAACUGUUCACACGACACUCUGUGACCUUAAAUUAGCAAUCGAUGGGACAAUAAUAAUGAGUCAAGGCUUGCGAGAGUCACUUGAUGCCAUGUACGAUGCUCGCAUUCCUCAACAAUGGCUUAAGGUGUCGUGGGAAUCGGCAACAUUGGGUUUUUGGUACACCGAGCUUUUAGAGCGCGAGCAACAGUACCGGGCGUGGCUACGCAAUGGAAGGCCUCACGCUUUUUGGAUGACGGGCUUUUUCAAUCCACAAGGAUUUCUGACUGCCAUGAGACAGGAGGUUACACGUAGUCACAAGGGCUGGGCGCUAGAUUCUGUUGUUCUGCAAAAUCAUAUCACAAAAUUUAAUCGUGAAGACGUUCAUGAAGGCCCUACAGAAGGAGUAUAUGUGCAUGGAUUGUUUCUUGAAGGAGCGUCACUUGAUAGAAAAUCUGGCAAGUUGAUUGAAUCGAAGCCUAAAGUACUGUAUGAGCAAAUGCCAGUUAUCUACAUAUUUGCUAUCAAUACAACUGCAGGCAAGGACCCGCGGCUGUAUGAAUGUCCCAUAUAUAGAAAGCCACAAAGGACAGACGCUAAGUAUGUAGGCUCCAUUGACUUCGAAACUGACAGCAAUCCAAGACAUUGGACUCUGAGGGGCGUUGCACUUUUAUGCGAUAUCAAAUAA